CAACGCCUGUCUCACGAGAGAUCCUUCUCCAACAAUACUUGACAUCGAUUUCAAGGACGUAUUUUGUUCGGACAACCAUUCUUAGAGAUAGCCGUUUGAAACGACUAGUUCAGCAUGAGACCGAUCAACUACCUACCGAGACCAGACCUUUUGGUCUCGGUGUUUGCCUCCGUUUCACUGUAUGGGGGCCUGGCUAUGGCCCAAGAUACCAAGGAUGACCCCAAGAAUAAUGACCCAUCUGCUGUUCCUGAGGCGACCGAUUCGAAGAAUAGCGAUGCCAAUAAACCCACCAAUACAGCUGCUGAGCCGGCUAGUACUGAGACGAAGGAUAACGCGAAGCCUGCGUCAACGAAAGACGAGCAGCCUUCGAAAACGGAGGAAAAAGAAAAGUCCAAGUCUACUGCGAAAGAGGAUCAGGCCAGUACUGCGACAGGAGAGGGUCCAACCAAAACCAAAGACGUUCAGUCCACAAUCACAUCCAUCGCCUCUUCUGGCACGGAAGAAGCUAUGCCUACCUUGACAAGAUACAAGCCAAUUCCUACUUAUCCAGCUCCUUCUGUUCCCCCUACUAACAACGCUCCUUUCAUGCGGCACUCGAGUGCCCCUGACGGAACCGUAUUUAUUGCAGUUGGGGCUAUCCUUGGCGCUCUUGGGCUCGCCAUCCUACUCUGGCGUCUUAUCGUUGGCAUCCUCCUUCAUCGGUCUGUUGAGCGAGCAGCCAAGGCCCAACAUGACGAGAACGCAAAGACAGGCUUUCCUGCGCCCCCUGCGCCCUUCUACAAAUACACUGAUACCGGAUCGACAAUGUCUCUCUCUGCUGGUCGCGGCGUGCGACGAACCACCCGUGGACCUGUUCUGUCGUCAACCCCUAGCGCCUCCAAUCUGUUUUUCUCCCCAACUGCCGCAGCAUCAGGCAAUGGGGCUGGCAAUCGUGGCUCUGCAUUUUUACCAUCUGGCUUUUAUGCGGCUGGCACCAGCUCUCCCGGUGGCCAGCAUGAUAAUAACAUCAGCAUGACCAACUUACGCCCUGAUUCUCGCGGUCACUUUGGCACUCCUUCACGACAUACCUUAAAUCCAAGUCCUCCAGAGUCACCUUCAUUCCAAGGCCGAAGGGACAUCAGCAACUCGACCCUCAAUCUCAAUCGACCACCAAGUCAACGCGCCCCUAGUGCGUUCCUUGAGGAUCUUCUCGCUGACGAUCCUUCGAGUCUGCCGCCUCCACAUAUGCCUGCUUCGACUGCCAGGCGCUCAUCGUAUGGCAGUGGCUCCCCUGGCGCGCACAACCGAAUCUAAACCGGUAUCAAGCGACUUCUAUCAUGGAAAACUUUACAUGCGAGCGAUAUCAUGCUUAAUCGUCCUUGUUACCAGAGAAAACAUUUGGUGUUACAGGAGGGGCGUCACCUUCGAAUCAUUUUGCAACAGCGGCGUCAAGAGAAUGGCAUUUUUCUCAUCGGGAUAUGGCUUGCGGAUAAUUCGAUACUCAGCCAUGAGAGGACACAGGUGUAAUGAUCCUCGGUAAUGUGUACGUGGGGGUUACGAGUAGAGUUUUGGGUUAUUGUCGACGAUGGAAUAGUUCAGCAUGGCUGUAAGCAAUGGCGUAGCUUCGAGCCCUGACCCCGUCCACUGUCAGAACACCAAAGUUCUACUCUAUGUUUGGAUAACUUGGGGGAGUUAACGGUUUUGAUCCAUACUCCAGAAAUAUCUUCUGGCUUUCUUAGUACAUAAUCCUCUUCAACAUGACAUAUUCAUCUCCAUCUG